AUGGACCACGAUGAGCUCACGGCCGAGGCCCUGGACAUCACACAGUGUGCCACUCAUGGCUUCUGCGGGGACUAUCCGCUCGCGCGGCACCGACACGAAGACCUCGCCAACGCAGGCUGCCUGGAGGCGCGCCGAGACUGGGCUCGGUAUAUCGGACGUGCUGGCGAGUUUGGCAGCUGCAACCCUGUUAACGGCAAUUUCUCUGCUCUGGUUCUGCCGCUGUGUCAGCCGCAGCGCCUGAGGCUGGUGUCCUACAUUCUUGAGUAUGCCUUUCUUCAUGACACCAUUGUAGAGGAUGUGGUGGACACAGGGGAGGGGAAUGUGAGAGGUAACGAGUUCACGCUCGGAGAAAGGGAGUCGACGGUGCCGAAUGUCAAAACAGGGCGGAAGCAGAUCCAGGCCAAGAUGAUGCUGCAGCUGAAAGAGGCCAGCGAAGCGUGCGCCGCCAGGGUCAUGCACGCGUGGAAGACGAUGUUGUCAACCACGCUGCGCGACAAGUCCAGGGAGUUUGCAGACUUGGACGAGUAUCUCAACUUCCGGAUCAUCGACACCGGGGCACAUUUUGUCGAAGCCAUGAUGCUCUUCGGCAUGGACAUGGUCCUGACCGCGGAGGAAGACGCGCUCCUCGCCGACAUUGUACGACCCUGCUACGCCUCGCUGGCACUCGCCAACGACUACUUCUCCUUCGACCGCGAGUGGGCCGAGACCCAGAGCAAGCCGGCCGCAGCAUCAUCAUCAGCAGCAGCAGCAAAACCCACCCUCAUCAACGCCGUGUGGCUGUACAUGCAGUGGCGGGGCGUCGACGCCGCUGCGGCCAAGCGGCUGGUGGUCGAGGCCACGAACCGGUACGAGCGGCAGUUCCUGAGCCUCUGCGAGCAGUUCCGUCGCGACCACGGCCCCGUCCCCGCGAAGCUGGACCGGUAUCUGCGGGGGCUGGCGUACCAGAUCAGCGGCAACGUCGUGUGGAGCCUCACCUGUCCGCGCUACCAUCCCGAGUUUCGUUAUGAUCCCAAUGCCGGGCUGGAGGACGCCAUCACGGCCGAGCGGAGAGGAAAGGACAACCACCAAAGGCAGGACCAGGUUGCCGCCGGGAAGGGUCAUGCGCCGCGACAGCUGUCCGUCUCGACUGUGGCGUCGAGCGACUGGGAGUCGGAUAUGCGUUCGUCAUGCUCGUGGAGCAGCACACCGUCGUCUCCGGUGUCGGGGGCUUCCGAGUCUGAGCCAGAUACGAAGUCCGGAGUUAUGGUACCUGCUGGCGAUCUCUUGGGUCCCGAGCACCUCGACGCCCCCUUUUCCUACCUCCAGUCCCUACCGUCAAAGGGCGUGCGGGAUACGGUGGCAGACGCGCUGAACCUCUGGGCCGGCCUGCCCGAGAACACGCUGGCGCAGAUCAAGGAGCUGGUGGGCGACUUGCACACCGCGUCUCUGAUGCUGGACGACAUUGAGGACGGCUCCGACCUCAGGCGCGGCCAUCCCGCGGCGCACACGGUCUUUGGCGUGCCGCAGACCAUCAACGCGGCCAGUUUCGCCAUCAUCGAGGCGCUGAGGAAGGCGCACGCGCUAGAGGAGACCGUGCCGGGAGCGGCCGACAUUGCUUUUGAACAACUGCGCGACCUGCAUGUCGGUCAGAGCCACGAUCUCCACUGGACUCGGCACGUGUCGGUCCCGACGGAGGACGAGUAUCUCGACAUGGUGUCCAGGAAGACCGGAGGGCUGUUCCGCCUCCUUUCACGACUGAUGUGCAACCACCUGAACCCAGAUAUAUCAUCAGCGAUCGACACCCUCGUCACCCAAAUCGGCAUCUACUUCCAGAUCCGCGACGACUACAAGAACCUCAGCUCCGACGAGUACACGCAGCAAAAGGGCUUCUGCGAGGACCUGGACGAGGGCAAGCUCUCGUUCCCGCUGGUGCACCACCUCGGGGCCACCGCCGCCGCCCCGCAUGACAACACCGCCCCCGUCCAGCAGGUCCGCGAGGUGCUGGCGCACAGGCGGGAGUUGGGCCGCGUGACCGACGCCCACAAGAGGCUGGUGCUGCAACACCUCCACGCAUCUAAGAGUGUUGAGUACACGCGGGACACGCUCCAGCGGCUGGAGGCGCAGAUUGCCGGGUGCAUUGCACGGCUGGAGCGGAUGACGGGAAGGGAGAACUGGGUGUUGCGGCUUUGUAUGCAUGAGCUGAGCGUUUGAGUUAUACUAGUACUGUUUUGUUGUUUGUCUCUUUUGUGGUUUGUUUGUACUACUAGCACUGUACGAUAGGAUAUACAGUACACCCAGGUACAAUACGAGCCAGUCAGCGCUUUUCAUCUACAUUUCCCAGUUAAUACCUAAUAAUAAAUCACAUCCCCAUUUUCUCCUUCACCCUCCCAACAACCUCCUCCAAUGUAUUCUCCACCC